CAACGAACUGACGAAGAGCACUUGGACAGUCGUUGUGGAAGACCGAAAUUUCUUUUCUGCGAGACCGUCGCCCGGUGUCGGAGAUGGCGCGUAUUGUUGUGUUGUUUGACUUCGACCGGACGAUAAUCGACGGCGAUAGUGACAGUUGGGUGGUGACGGAGAUGGGCCUGACCCCGUUGUUCGAUAGGCUUCUCUCUACGUUGCCUUGGAACUCUGUCAUGGAUAGGAUGAUGAAGGAGCUUCAUUCACAAGGUAGAACAGUGGAGGACAUUGCAAUGUGCUUAAAACGGGCUCCAUUAGAUCCUCAAAUUAUUUCAGCUAUUAACUCGGCCCAUGCUCUCGGAUGUGACCUAAGAGUAAUUAGUGAUGCGAAUCAAUUUUUUAUUGAGACAAUCUUGGAACAUCAUGGUUUGUUGGGAUGCUUCUCACAGAUUAGCACCAACCCAACUUUAGUUGACGAAGAAGGGAGGCUAAGCAUACAGCCUUAUCAUGAUCCUAGGUCAUCUCCCCAUGGUUGUAGACUAUGCCAUGCAAAUAUGUGCAAGGGCCUGGUGUUUGAACAUAUCCGCAGCCGCAGCUCUUUUGAAAAUGGGAAGGUGAGGUAUAUUUACCUUGGAGAUGGAAAUGGGGAUUUCUGCCCAACUCUGAAGCUUGGAGAAAGUGAUUUUGUGAUGCCAAGGAAGAAUUAUCCUCUCAAUGCUCGCAUCUGCAGCAAUCCAGCUCUUGUGAAGGCAGAAGUCCAUGAAUGGAGUGAUGGAGAGGAGCUCAAAAAGAUCCUUCUCCACCUUAUUAACACAAUAUUUGGUGAAGAUAAUAACAAGACUGGUAACCCUUGACAGCCAAAGGCAAUUCUAAUGUAAUUUACAGACCUUCUCGCUUCAUCACAGGAAUGAACCCUCAAAACUCUUCCUGUUCUUCAUUAGUAUUUAGUACUACCUUGGAUUUGUUAUUGCAAUUAUGAAACAGGUGACAUUUACAUUGUUGGAUUAGCAUACCAUUCAUCAAUGAAAUCAACCUCUUGGUUCCACUUUUU